AUGCAGGAGCGAGAGAGUUUGCUCAAGGAGUACAAGGGUCUCUUGGCUAACCUGGAAGAGGCCUUUGAUCUCAAACGGAGCAACGAGGCAGAUCAAGAGGUGGACGAUCUAAUUGAUGAAACGAAGGCCGAACUGAGGACUGUGGUUGCUUCUCUUAACGCGUCGGAGGUGAUUGAAGUAACGAAGGACGUGACGAAGGUUGUUGACGCCGAUGGUAACACUGUCAUCCUCUAUAGUAAAGUUGCGCCUUACGAAGUACAUUUUGAUAACGCCAUGUGGUACAGCUGCGUGAUCACUGACGUGGUACAACCUGAAACAGCGCUGGAGCGCGUCCGCUACAAGGCAUGGAUAUUAGGCUACAACGUAGAGGAGGAAACCUACAGUGAACAACUGCGCGUGUGGCAACCACAGGCAGCGGAGGGAGAGACGACUUUGCGCUCUGGUGUGGCGUGUCAUGCGGUUAAUCCGCGCAGCGGAAGGUUCGAGUCGGCGAAGGUGGUGAGACUGACACUCAGCGACACUGUGAUUCUUACUUUCAGCGAUGUAGUUGAGAUGACAAAAGAGGUAGGGGAAACCGAUGGUGCCGGUGCCGCCGGUGAGUUAGCUACUGGGAAGAGGGAUCCAUCGGGUGGUGAUACUAGCGCUGUCACUGAGGAGGUACCACUUUCGCACGUGCGUGUUGGCCGCUUUUACCAACAGUUGCGUAAGAGAUCAACGCUCACCUCGGAAGAGCGUGCGAGACGACGGGCGCAGAAUGUGGAACGGAAGCGAGUACGGCGGGAAACAAAACGGCAGCAAGACGCCAACGUGGCGUCGCAAAACGCUAAUGACUGGCAGCGUCUUGUAGAGGAUAUGGGAUUAGCUACAGGUUGUGCGAAAAAGAGGCGUUGA